GGGGACCAACAAAAGCGAAUGGAUGCCGUGAGGAGAGGGAAGUCGUCCGAAAUCUGGCUACAUGUGACGUCACGAGAUUUCCUUAGACCAAGCGGCAGCUGCUGAAGCUAGUCACAGAGCCGGGAGGACUGUCGCAGCAAUUUCUGUCUACAAAGUAUUAUUUUCGGACAUUGUAAUUGGCCGUAGCAUCAGCAACAAUGGAUACAUCCCGGGUUUUCUUCUAUUUUUAUCACUGACUGACUGUUCUUUCCAAAUAUUUUGCUGCGUUGGAAGCACGCAAGCGCUCGAAGGGGGUGUCCCUAGCUAUCAUUAUUCGACUGCCAGGCUGAGUCACCGCUGGAGUGCCUUAAGAGAGAGAGCGAAGGAAGACGUGGAGAGAAAGGCAGUGUGAGAGAGAGACGGUUAGGGGAGUAAAGACAGAGAGUGAGAGGAAAACAAGUGGAGAGGAGGUAGCAGAAAGAAGAGAGAGAGCCAAGGGAGUUGGGGAAAAAGAUGGAGUAAGGGAGAGAGAGAGACAACACACAGAGACAGAGUGAGGAGAGUGGGUGUGUGUCUGUGAGAAAGAGACAGCAAGGUCAGGACUGCUGAACUCCCCCACCCCCUUGGGUCUGAGCGCUGGGCUCACGGUCAAGGCGACGCCACUAUGAGCGACCAAAACGUUGUCAAGGAAGGCUGGGUUCAGAAGAGAGGUGAGUACAUAAAGAACUGGAGGCCGCGUUACUUCCUGCUGAAGACCGACGGAUCCUUCAUCGGCUACAAAGACAAACCCCAGGACGCAGACCUGGCCUAUCCCCUCAAUAACUUCUCUGUAGCAAAAUGUCAGCUGAUGAAGACGGAGCGGCCGAAGCCCAACACAUUCAUCAUCCGCUGUUUGCAGUGGACCACGGUUAUUGAGAGGACAUUCCACGUGGACACGCCCGAUGAGAGGGAUGAGUGGGCCGAGGCCAUCCAGAUGGUGGCCGACUCCCUGGCCAAGCAGGAGGAGGAGGGGAUCCUGUGCAGCCCCACGUCGCAGAUCGAGAACGAGGUCAACGAGGAGGAGAUGGACACCUCCACCAGCCAACACAAACGGAAGACAAUGAAUGACUUUGACUAUUUGAAACUACUGGGCAAAGGCACUUUUGGGAAAGUCAUUCUGGUGAAGGAGAAGGCGAGCGGAAUUUAUUACGCCAUGAAGAUCCUGAAGAAAGAAGUCAUCAUCGCCAAGGACGAAGUUGCUCACACCCUCACAGAAAGCAGAGUGUUGAAAAACACCCGGCAUCCAUUCCUAACCUCUCUGAAGUACUCCUUUCAGACCAAGGACCGGUUGUGCUUUGUCAUGGAGUAUGUGAAUGGAGGAGAGUUGUUUUUCCAUUUGUCAAGAGAGCGAGUGUUUUCCGAGGACCGCACGCGAUUCUACGGAGCUGAGAUCGUCUCCGCUUUAGACUACCUUCACUCUGCCAAGAUAGUGUACCGCGAUCUGAAGCUGGAGAACUUGAUGCUGGAUAAAGACGGGCAUGUCAAGAUCACGGACUUCGGCCUUUGCAAAGAGGGCAUCACCGACACAGCCACCAUGAAGACCUUCUGCGGCACGCCAGAGUACCUGGCUCCAGAGGUGCUGGAGGACAAUGACUACGGCCGGGCGGUUGACUGGUGGGGUCUGGGCGUGGUCAUGUAUGAGAUGAUGUGCGGCCGGCUGCCCUUCUACAACCAGGACCACGAGAAGCUGUUUGAGCUGAUCCUCAUGGAGGAGAUCAAGUUUCCACGCACGCUCUCCUCCGACUCCAAGUCCCUGCUCUCCGGCCUGCUCAUCAAGGACCCCAACAAACGACUCGGUGGCGGUCCAGACGAUGCGAAGGAGAUAAUGCGCCACAGUUUCUUUGUGGCUGUAGACUGGCAAGACGUCUACGACAAAAAGUUGGUCCCCCCCUUCAUGCCACAGGUCUCGUCAGAGACAGACACCCGGUAUUUCGAUGAGGAGUUCACGGCACAGACGAUCACCAUCACUCCCCCGGAAAAAUACGAUGAAGACGGGAUGGGUGAGGGUGACAGCGAACGGAGGCCUCAUUUCCCACAAUUCUCGUAUUCGGCCAGCGGACGAGAGUGAAGGUCACUGCCAGCCAGCCAGUAUUGCCCCCCUCCCCCGUCGUGCGGCCGUUUCGAGGAAAACACGUAGCCAUUUUAGGAAAAGUCUCCCCUCUUUUCUCCUUCUCUGUAUUCGAGUGCAGACUGGGAGAAGUUGUCUUUUUAGGGACUAUAAAAGGGGUUUUGCACAGUGGGAUAGACUCAAGCUGGUCUCUCCACACAAAAAAAAAGUAUCUUACAUUUUCAACGCUAUAUACUGCAGAAGGCAAUGUUUUUGUUAUUUAUUUUUAUCCGUCAAUAUUAGGUUGUCGACCUGUUACGUUCUUUGUCUUUUUUUUAAAUUUUAGUUUCAACUUUUUUGCACUUGGUUUGGAAGAGCCGUUCUAGGGAACAAAACCAAAAAUGUUGCCUUAUGUGUGCAGAUGUUUCGUAUCAUACAGACAGGGUUUAGGUCGGGGGGCUCGUGGUUCAUUCAAUUAUUUUUCUCAUAUACAAUGCCAUGGCGGUGCACAUUCUCCAAUCCCAUGGCAACGAGAGUCACUAUCUGCUAAAAACCACAAAAAAGACAGAACUGACAGUUUCUUUCAUUCCAAUUUCAUUGUCACAGUGUUAUUUCUUUUCAUCCUUUUUGACCUUUCAUUUUCAGCCAGAGAUUUCUACUUGGUUAUUGUUUGACAGAAACACUAAACUGCCAGAUACUGCACGGUUCACUCAGGCAACACAGAGCACAACCGCAUUCAACUCAGCUACCAGUUUAGCUUUACACACCCAUCAGGGAAAAGCUACUAUAAAUAUACAAGCCUUUUUUGCGUCUUUUUCCACAGUCAUUUGAUUAAUAACUUAUUUUCAUAGCUAUAGAAAAAAAGUGGUAUAGAUGUUUACACAAGGAAUGUGGCUUAUACAGGUCCACCUUAUGCUGUCAUAACACACAUGCUCAGACACACACACACACACACACACACACACACACACACACACACAUACACACUCUCUAACAUCAGAGCCAGCUCUGAGCUCUGUUGAUAUGGCUUGUGACGGACUAUGAAAUCUGUAAAAAAUAAAAUAAAAUAAAAAGAAUCUCCCCAUCAAUCUUCCCAAAGCGACAAGGUGGGCGGAAGGCAUCAAUAAUCACUAACCAUGUCAGGUCACAGAUCACGUGAAACUGAGCCAUGAAUAUACUUGUGUAUGAUGAGGACUGUGAGAAUGGAGGGAGGAAAGCAGUUCCCCCACCUUUUUUGAUGUACAUAUGCAAUGCCUUUUUUUGUUCUUAGUGGCAUCUUGGCCAGACAUGAACUUGUGUGUGACUGUACUUCAAGCUUGCUGAGGAGAACCAAGACCGGAGGAAAAGGAAGACUGAGAAUGAUGUUUUGGGUUAAAACAACGUCAACUACAACGUUAAAGACUGACUGGACGCUCCCAUUUUGUAACUGAUGUCAGCGUCGCCUCGACCUGUCUUUCCAGAAGAGGUUUCCAUGGAGACGAGACCCUUUUUCGCUGUCGGUCAAAUAGAUUGACACCCACUGUAACGUUUUGUUUUACCUGUUCAAGUGGGACCAUGGUCAAUUCUGCAGUGAUAUGUGGUUACAUCAGGUUGUUACCAUUCCCUUCCUUUUUUGUACCAUAGUACUAGAUUUAUUUAUGUUUGUGUCAUUCUAGGCAGUGUUACCCAGUCUUGUUCAGAGUCAAAGGCACCUCUCUAAGCCGCUGAAGGAUGAUAUUGUUGGAUGCAUUACUAAAGUCUGUUUUUUUAUCCAAUUGUUUGCUUGUUUGUUUUCUUACCAAAACAUUAGGGCAAGAAACCAAUAGUGAACUUGCAUUGCCGUGGUAGUAUUUAUUUUGAAUUAAAUUAAAGAAUACAUUUCAGGGUU